AUGCCUCUCGCCAAAGACCUCCUGCAUCCCUCUCCCGAGGAGGAGAAGCGGAAACACAAGAAGAAGCGGCUGGUACAGAGCCGCAACUCCUACUUCAUGGACGUCAAGUGUCCAGCAAGCUACUUCGUGUAUUACAAGUCUUUUGAACUGUACCAGAGUUUUGCCUAUUGGUUGUGCCAACUUCUCAUGAUGAAAGAAACGGCAUUCCAAGGCCAGUUCCAACUGGUGAGGUGGUCCGGAAGCAUUAGGGUGGAAGUCAAAGAGGGCGGCCACCACGCAAAAGUGUCCAGUUGCCACAAUCAGAAACAGCUCAUUGUAUUGGUCGGGUCAGUGGCCCAACCCAGGAUUAUCGCCGCUAACGUUCAUCUGAGCCCCUCACAAAAAUCCACCCAUCGAAAUGAGGCGGAUGGCCCUCUCUCUUUGGAAGAUGUGUUUCAGCUGUUCUCAUCACCAACAGAAAAUGCUCCAGAGGGCCUAAGCAGAACCUGUGAUUUUGCCCUGCAACCUACAACGGGGCCUAUACAGGGUAAUGCUGCGGGAGAGAUAUGGCCGGACUUCCUCUCAUUGCCUGAGCUACAGGGAAUCUCACUGGGGGAUGUCCAGACAGCAACCAGCGAGAGUAGAGGUGGGAAUUCUUUAUCCUGUUACAGUGUAAAUUUCACCCAGGCUAUAAGCCACGAUGUGAGUCUUCACGAGGCCAUGCUGCUGCGUUCAGACGCAUCCAGAAGAAAUUCCGGGUCAAGGAAUUGCCAGUCCCAGGAAACGUUUCUGCCGUUGAAUUCCAGCAGCACUAACUCCACCCAGUCCCCCUCCGGCUCCAACCUCACAGCCCUGUUUCCUUUCAUCGACACUUCCAUUCGAAAUGCGACGAGCCAAGAUCUCCUCUCGGGCCUCGACGACAACAUCUUCGACGAGAUCAAUUUGAUGUCUCUAGCCCUGGAGGAGGGUUUCAAUCCGCUGGCGGUUUCUCGGCUCUUUGAAGAACCCGACUCCGAUUCCGGCCUCUCUUUAAAUUCAAGCCGCAGCAGCGCCUCGGCGAGCAAUUCGGAUUCGUCUGCUUUGGCCGGCGACGGAGGAGGCGCCGUGGGCUACAGCAGUGACGUGGAAUCCCCUCAGCACGAUGGCUUGGAAGGAGCCGUAGGGGGUGAACUGCACCGCCUUGAAUAUCAUCCGAACGAUCCAGAGACCCCCGGGAAACCCGCAUUUAAGCAUGUUCUUCACAACCACACCUAUCACUUGCUGCCAAAUCCAGCCCUGUCCGCCCCCGAGUCACCGGACUCCUGGCCCGGGACGUCGCCCCAGGCGAGGGACCGAGACCUCGGUGGCGUGGAAAGAAGCCUGAGUCGGGACGAGCGACGGGCCAAAGCUCUCCGUAUCCCGUUCUCCGUGGACGAGAUCGUCAGCAUGCCGGUCGAGGCCUUCAACCACGUGUUGGCCAGGUACUACCUGACCGAUGCUCAAAUGUCCCUCAUCCGGGACAUCAGGCGGAGAGGGAAGAACAAGGUCGCCGCCCAAAACUGCCGCAAACGCAAACUCGACGUGAUCCUGAACCUGGAAGACGACGUCUACAACCUGAGGGCCCAGAAGGAGAGCUUGAAGAAGGAGAAGGCCCAGUGCGACAGGUCCAUCAGCGCCCUGAAGAAGAAACUGAACGACCUGUCUCGGACCAUAUUCAGUCGGCUCCGAGACGAGCAGGGCCGACCCGUGAACCCAAGCCGCUUUGCUCUGCACUGCGGCCGCGACGGGACCGUGGUGAUCGUUCCCAAGGAAUUGGCGGCGCCGGAUCAGAAAAAAGAAAACCAGAAAGGACGGAAGAAAAAGUGAGGUGGGAGGAAAGGCGAUGGUAUGACGGUGAGCUCUCGGAGAGGGGCGUGGGCGGAGGGAAGCGGAGGUCAACCGCCCCACCACCUACCUUCAGCCGGCGCUUAGAACAGUGCUUGGCACAUGGUAAGCGCUUAACAAAUACCAUCAUCGUUAACCUCCUGGCCAGUCCGGCUGGAUCUGGAUCGCACCCCUGCCCACCCUGCCCUGAGGCUGUUUAAUCCCAGAGUUUUGCUCACCAGAUGCGGUGUUCAUGGGUCGCUGUGCGGACUAAGGGCUGACCCUGGGGCCAGUGCGGAAAAGCACACCUGGGUUAAAAUGACAGCCAGUCCACACGAAGACACACCACAGUAUUUAGUGCAACCUCUCUGCCCUUCACUGAGACCAGAGUAGAUUCCUGUCCCCUCGCACCCCAUCUCCCCACCCAAAGUCGGGCUGCUUAGAAUCGAAUGGGCCGAGGGUGGGACCGUGUGGAAUCACUGUACUGCCCUGCCUUUCCGACAUAGGAGCCAUCUCCUGGGGAGAAACGAUCACUUUAAAGCAAAAAAAAAGAAAAGAAAAGUCUUAUCAAAGAGAUUUCUUUUGACCAUCCUCGCCCGAGGCUUUUAAAUACGAAGUGACCUUAAACUUUGAGUCUGUUAGCACUGGAAGACCUUUUAGAGUAGAAUUAAAACCGUUAGCCUUGAAAAAGAACUAGCUUUAGUUCAAUUUUUGUGAAUACUUAAAUUAUGUUUUCUUUUCAAUGGAAGUUAUGCAUUUGUAGAAGACAACUUUUCAUCUCUUUUCUGAAGAAGUCCUGGUGGCUAUUCAGACACUCGGUUUAUAUAUUUAUAAAAACAAGUUAAGCAAACAGGGAUUGCUGAUUGAUUUUAGAGUAUGUGUUUUUUGUGACUUCCACGAAAUCCUCCGUUGAAAAGAUCAUGUCUCUAUAGAUCUGCAAUAUGCUUUCUCCAUGUGGCUUUUUUUGACCCUGUUUCUUUGUAAAAGAAAGAAUAAUAACUGUCAAGAUAGAGUGUGUGUGUGUAUGUGUGUGUGAGAGAGAGGGUGUGCACAUAGAGGCUUUCCUUUUUUUAAAAGCUUUUUUUAAGCACUUUGAAUUUUAAGUUGUAAAAUUCAAACUCUUUACUUAAGAAUUACCCAGCUGAAGAGAUGACGUUGACACUUGCCUUAUCCUCGAAAUGGGGACUAGAUUCAUUCAGUAGCUGACUUAGCUUUGUUGUGGCUUUAUCAGCAGCAGGAAUACAAAGCCAUCACCACUUUGUCGCUGACAUUUUGAAAAAAGUGCCUGUUCUCUCAAACGGCUUUACCUGAAAGUCUUUUGAAGCAGUGAGUGAUGGAAGAAGCAUAUUUAAUAGUGAAAAGGGUUGAGAUUGGGGGAGUUGAAAGCUUUGUUGUCCUUUGAGAGCAUGUCAUGUGGACCUACUCAUGUGCCGACACAUCCAAAGCAAAUUUUUCAGAACAGUUCAACUUCAUGUAGUGGCAAGGCAUCUGGGAUAACAGCUGUUCUAAAACAUACCAAAGCCAUGUAAGUUGGAUUGCAUUCCAUCAUAUAUAAAGAGAAUUCUGGGACUCAUUCAUCCAGGAAACAUGGGCUGUACACAAGUAAUAAUGGCAUUGCUCCCCAGGAGUUUCCAGCUGCAUGCCUGCCCAGAUUUCCUGUCCUGUGAGAAAUUGAAAGCAGUACGCUCCUCACAACACGAAACUCACCUUGAUCGUGGCCAUCAUCUACCAAAAGUGACUCUGGGAUCUUGGCUUUUAAUAAUGGUUGUUCUCCGUUGUGCUGGUGGGGUGUGUGUUUGUGUGGUUUUGUGGGGGUUUUUUGUUUUUUACAAUAAAAUUGUUUCCACUGUAA